UCACGGCGUCGGACUGCCUGCCCGCAUCGUUGUGGCAGCCGCACCCGAGCCGCCCUCCUCGUGUGCGUGUGGGAGUGGCUGUGUCCUGGUCUUGCGGGCGAUAGCCAGCAGAUACACCACAGCGGGCAGGAAGUAGUUGGCCAACACACCUGCCGUGAUAGAACUGCACACACAGAGAGAAAGAGAGACACACACACACUGCCGAAGAGCCGCCGAUUGGACAGGGCCCACGCGACCAGCCAGGGGGCACAGCAGCCGCAGAAGAACGCCCCCUGCUGACCGCACAGACCACUGUUAUAGAGGUUGUAACGACUCGCAAUGGCCAUGACAGGAAUGCCGGGCAGCACGGUGGUGAACGAAAACGUGAGCAUCCCCGUCGACGGCUCGUUGGUCAUGUACACGAACGCGUUGCUGCUGUUGAGAGCGGGGUACGCCACACACCACCAAGGCGAAGCUGAAGUAGAGAAACGCGGAGAGGAUGGCCGACAUCCACACGACGGGCAUGACUCGAGUGGACGGGAGGACCUCGUUGCACCAGGAGGGGAUCAGCACCACGUAGGAGUAGGAGGCGACCAUGAUGCCGAAGACGGCGCCGUAGCCAGUGUCGCCGACUAGAGGGGGGAAGGUCACUGGGGAGUGGGUGCGCUCCUCCUGCUGGAAUGACCGAAUGAUCGACGAGAUGAUGAUCAGGCCGAUGGCGCCGAACUGCAGAAAAAACGUGACGAUCUGAAUGUACAUGUUCUCAUUCAGACUGACACACACAUCGACACCGACACACACUCCCACAACCGCCGCUCUUUCGCCCGGUGUGCUGUCAUUUCUCUCAUACUUACACACUUACUUGAGGUAGCUCAUGGGCAGGCACAGCAGCGCCGUCAGUCUGUCUAUCUCAUGCAAUGCACGUGACGUGACCUGCUGUUAGCUGACUGACCUGCUCAGGUUUUGGUUGGUGCUCUCGAGCCAAUCCCAGACGCCCUCACGGCAUCUCUCCAGCAUCGCUGCGGCCAUCACGUCCCCGAUGACGCAGUAACCCUCCUGCCUCAAGUAGCCCAUUGCCUCACCCAUCUGCCGCUCGUCCAGCACAGAAAACCGCUUGAUUGCCGGACACUCCAGCUCCAAUGGACCAUUGCCGCCCUCUCCCUCCCCCGCUCCCCAGAAGACCCGCCGCACACAGCGCGAGAUGCCGGUCUCGCACUGCUUCUUCGUGGCCUCGUCGAAGGUGAGGCACUGCCGCAGGAACAGGGGGCCCGCGUGAAGCGCGAGACCGGCCAGAUCCCACAGGAACACGUUGGGAGGUGAGAGAGAACGACGAUGGGCCGCGGUGGGCUGUGGGACGCUCACUUUCAUUGCCUUCACAGCGGGAGGGGGACGAAGGCGGCGUUGACAGAGUGGGCGAGCAUGUUGAUCACCAGGGAUAGAACUGCAUCUAAGAGCAGCAUUGGCGUCGGUGUCGGCAGAUCUUCCAUCCAAGCACAUCAACGAGUGUCAGCUGCCGUCUGCUGAGCUUUUUAG